GCUUCGUAAUGUGUAAUACCGUAACUUAAUGCCACACAACACGAAAUUAUGGCCGAAUCAGUUUGCUCGUCUAAUCAAAACCCGUGUUCUACGGAAAUCAGCGCCAUGCUGAGCGAAAGCGCUCAGGCAAAGAUCUUUUUGGGGAAGCUUAGUGACUGCGGAAAAAUGGUAGUCGUGAAGGUACCUUACCUGGAUCACGAACAAAGCAAACGUCAGUGCGACGUGGAGCUGCUUGCACAGGCAACGAAAAGGGUUUUAUCAUUUCAUCACGAAAAUGUUGUCUGCCAUCUUCAUCACGAAAUCAGCAUAAUUAAAUCGGCAGCAAUUCCGCGGUUCAGUUUGCUGGAUAGCCAGUUUAAUCGUGUUCCACAGUAUCAGAUCGUAAUGGAAUUCUGCUCUGGCGGUACACUACACGACCUUUUGAAGACGUCCUCGCUAACCGCUCCUUUGCUACAAAAAUGGACGAAGCAGCUGAUCAGUGGACUCGCUUAUCUGCACGCCCAGCGGUUUGCCCAUAAGGAUCUCAAAGGUGACCACAUUUUCUUAUCGUCACCGGAUGUCAACACGUGCAGCCUAAAAAUCGGUGGUCUCGUGAAUCUCAAACAGCUUUUACCAAAUACAGCGACUUCCAUGUACAGUGGUGACGUUUCUAAUAAAUCCAGUUCCUUUGCGUUCAUGGCACCGGAGAUCAUAACGGGUUCUGAAGUGGAGAUCGAGCCGGUUGGGGAAGCGAAGAAGCUGGGGCGUCGAAGUGAUAUCUGGAGUCUGGGAUGCGUGAUAAUUCAAAUGAUAACCCGAAGCCUUCCAAGGUUUCUUAAGCAAAACGAUCAUAAGGUCACGGCAAUAACGGGAGAACUGGCGAUUGUGUACUUUGUCGGUAGUGGAGGCUCGCCCACGGUCCCCAGCAAUAUCCCGGCUUUCGUGCAGGAUCUCAUCGAACAAUGUCUGGCGCGGGAUCCUAAUCAUCGACCGACGGCUGCUGCACUGCUGGAACAUCCAUUUUUCAGCUACCCUGCAGAUGAGUUAGAAAAAUGGAUUUUGCCUUUGCAGGCUGGAUAGCUUUGACUUUCUGCGAUCAGUGUGAUGUACAAUACGCACUCUGUAAUCCGCGAUACUACCGUAGCACUUA